AUGGCUGCGAGAAUUUCAUCCUCUACGGGUGAAAAACGCGGUACCAAAAUACUCGUAACGGGGGCUGCAGGGUUCUUGGGGUCAAACUUGGUUGAUUUCCUCCUCAAGAAGGGAAACACCGUGAUCGGACUUGAUAACCUCCAAAGCGGCUCUGUGCAGACUCAAGACCAUUUGCAAGACCAUCCACGAUAUGAAUUUUUCAACCACAACAUUCAGAAUCGCCUCCCGGAUUUAUCAAACGUUGAGCAAAUCUACAAUCUAGCGUGUCCAGCAAGUCCAGUCCAUUAUCAAAAAGAUCCAGUCUCGACUUUGAGCACGUGCUUCAUUGGAACUCAGAAUCUCCUUGAGUUGGCAAAAGCAAGAAACAUUCGAAUACUCCACACCAGCACGUCAGAAGUAUAUGGAGAUCCUUCCAUUCAUCCCCAGCCAGAACACUACUGGGGCAAUGUGAACUCAUUCGGUCCACGGGCCUGCUACGACGAAGGCAAGCGCGUGGCCGAGGCACUCUGUUACGCCUACAAAGAGCAAUACGGAGUGGACAUUCGCAUCGCCCGAAUAUUCAACACCUACGGUCCGCGCAUGGCAGCCAGCGAUGGUCGAGUCGUAUCUAGCUUUAUUGCAUCUGCACUUGCUGGUGAAGACUUGAAGAUUACCGGCGACGGGAAGUCCACUCGCUCCUUUCAAUAUGUCACGGACUGUAUACAGGGUCUCUACGCUCUUAUGGAGAGCGGCUACGAUAAAGGUCCGGUGAAUAUUGGGAACGAUGGAGAGUUUACCAUUCAGCAGUUGGCUGAGAUGACUAUCGAUGCUGUUGCACAGAUGACCGGUCGCUCGAAGGUUUCGAUCACCUAUCUUCCGCCCCUUGCUGAUGACCCGGUUGUUCGGCGGCCGGAUAUUUCCCUUGCGAGAAAGGCACUUGGGUGGGAGCCGACUGUGAAGUUACAAGAUGGAUUGCAAAAAACCAUUCAGUGGCAUAUUGACCAACGUGAAUCGCACUGA